UUUUCUUAAAACCAAAACUUAAGCCCUUCAAAAAGCUACCACUUUCCCAAUUUUCUAGCUUCAAGCAAGCAGAAUCUAAGCUUAAACAGUUCAACACUGUCCAAUUUCUCCCCGUUAACUCGGUAGUGUCUAAAAGAGGAACCAAUCAAGAGGUAGUGUGUUCAUUAAGCUAAAAGGAGCUAGAUGGUCCAUCGCAGAAGAAACUGAGAAGACUUACCGACUAAGAAAGGAUGAUGAAGAGAGAAGAGUGUCAAUCUCCUAUAGAAACCAUCCUCAACCUUAAUUUGAUCGAACCUAAAGAGGAGGACACUAUUCCCACCCAUGUUCCCUAUAUUGACACCCCACAAGAAGCUGUGAUAAUCGGCGACGAUCCUCGCUGGCGACGAAAUCACUGUGCUUGUGAAGCAAACCAAGUUGGGGAUGGAGAAAUUAGGGUUUCUAGGGCACCCAAAAGGCUCAAAACUUUGGAUGAAAUUAGGGUUUGUAAAUCCAAACCCUCCAGCAGUAAUAAUGCUACUGCUGAAGUUGGUUCUUUUGUUUGCGAAAUCUGCGUCGAGCCCAAGUCUGUUCUUGAUUCAUUUGGGAUCAAAAACUGUAGCCAUGCUUACUGUUCCGACUGUGUGAUCAGUUACGUGUCCUCCAAGCUUCAGGACAAUGUCACCACCAUUGGGUGCCCUGUUCCUGACUGCAGGGGAUCCCUGGAGCCAGAGCACUGUCUUUCAAUUCUCCCGCCGGAGUUGUUUCUCCGGUGGGGGAAGGCCUUGUGUGAGGCUGUGUUUGCGGAUUCGGAUGAAUAUUGCAGGAUCCUCUACUGUCCGUUUAAGGAUUGCUCGGCAAUGUUGAUUGAGGAUGGGGUUGAAGAGGUUGAUCUUGUGAGGGAAUCGGAGUGCCCACACUGCUGGAGGUUGUUCUGUGCUCGGUGUAGGGUUCCGUGGCACGCGGAUAUCGAUUGUGAGGAGUUUCAGGAGCUGAAUAAGGAUGAGAGGAGGAAAGAAGACUUCAUGUUGAUACAGCUUGCCAAGGAUAAAAAGUGGAGAAGAUGCCCCAAGUGUAGGUUCUAUGUCGAACGAUCGGAGGGUUGUAAGUUCAUGAAGUGUAGGUGCAGAACAGCAUUCUGCUACAGAUGUGGGAGAAUUUUAAGCAAGAAUCAUGGCCACUUUUGUCCCAGCUGUGAGGCUUGACAUUUGAAAUAUGUUAUGUCGCUUAAAAAAGCAUUUCCUAAAGUAAUUUAUAAGCUUUAAGAUUUUAUAAUUUGCUUUCCUUUUAUGAUUAACAUAUGAGAAAGUAUAGAAAACUUGAACUUUUCAUACUUCUCAUUUUAACAUAAUAACAUAUCAUCAGAUCAAGUUCAACA